AUGUCUUUAGCCACAAACUCAGAAGCACCGACCGAGCUGCCAAAGUGUGGCAGCUCCUUAGACCCGCAUGAUGCGCCACAUGGGCGCAAGCGGGCCCGGUUGCCGCCUUAUCCGCCGUUUGUCUCCGAGUACCGUCCGUACAGCAAUGGCCAGCUACGGGCGAACCGCGUAAACCGACCCACGGACUUGCAUAAGCGCCAAUGGGAUAUGUAUUACCGUAACAACACUGUGAAUGGAUACAAAGAUCGCCACUACAUACUGCGUGAGUUUCAUGAGCUUCGCGCGGCGAUUGACACUGCCGUGGUAGCUGGGGAGAAGGCACCCAGAACAAACGAGGCUCCGUCAAGUAAGUGCGUCGCCUCCACCUCACCUGCAUGUUCGUUUUCGUGGAUGGAGGCCGGUUGUGGGGUGGGCAAUGCCAUACUUCCUGUUUUCGCCCAGUAUGGCUACCUUCCUCAGUGGCGAGCGCUUCUGGGGUUCGAUAUCUCCCCCGUCGCCAUAGCGCUUUUGGAGGAAAAGCGAGCACGUCUGCCCCCGGCGCUGGCAGCAAAGAUGCACGUGUGUGUGUUGAAUCCCUGCGAGUCGGAAGUGCUAGACAGCCCCCUCUUCGCGCCGAAAGAAGUGGGCGUGGCAGCGUUAACGUCGUCUUCCCUGAAUACCGCAGGAGCAGGUGGUGUAGACGGUGACAACACUACAGCGGUAGACAGCGCACCGGUCUUCGAGUCGCCGGAGUUUGUGUCCCUCAUUUUUGUUCUCUGUUCCAUUCCAGUUUCCUCUCAUGCUGUCGUCCUGAGCCGCAUUGCACGGUGCAUGGCGCGACCUGGAGGUGUGCUGUACUUCCGCGACUACGCGGUAAGUGAUCACGCAGAGCUCCGGUUUCAGGCAUCGUUGCGCUGGCGACGCGGCGACAGUAGCGAGGGUGACGGUAGUGACACCGGCGACACGAACACGUACGAGCGCACCAACGGGACACUCAGUCACUUCUUUUCGUUAGAAGAGGCUCGCACGCUCUUCGAGGGUGCUGGCUUUGAGGUGGUCGCGCUCGAAAUCAUCACUAACGAGGUGACUAACCGCAAGACGAGCGUGUCGUUCGCGCGUCGCUUUGUGCAAGGUCGUUUCCGACUGCGCGCGUGA